AUGGACCCUGAUUCGACUAGGAAUGUGUCUGAAUUGAUCUCCAGCAAAGGCUAUCCAGUCGAAGAAUACGAGGCUGCAACCAGCGACGGUUAUGUGAUCCGCAUUCAACGUAUUCCACGAGGGAAAAACGAACGCCAGGACGCACCUUUGUCCAAUAAGACAACGAUAUUGCUGCAACAUGGCGUGCUCGGUGCCUCAUCAGAUUUCGUUAUAAAUUUUCCCAACCAAAGCUUGGGAUUCAUUCUGGCCGACGCUGGAUACGAUGUUUGGUUGGGAAAUUCCCGUGGAAAUACGUACUCAAGUCACGUAAACCUCACUCGAAAAGAGAGGAAAUUCUGGGACUUCAGCAUUGACGAAACGGCUUCCGACGAUUUACCAUCAAUGAUUGACACUGUUUUGAGGGAAACGGGUAAAGAAAAACUUCAGUACGUCGGGUGGUCACAAGGAGCACUGCAGAUGCUCGCCCUGCUCUCUGAGAAACCAGAAUACAACAAAAAGCUAUUCAAAAGAAGCUCACGAUGUUUAGAAUUUUAG